UAAAAUAUUUCGAUACUUCCAGAAAAUUCAUAGGUGCAUCACAUUAUGGCUGUGUUAAAAUCAAAUGUGAGGCCACAAAAGAAAAACUUGCAGAGGCUAUGUAUCAUACAGAAGGUUUAAGUAUAGAAGAAGAAAAUAUAUUCAAAACAGCGUCCGAAUGUUGUAUAUGUAAGAUGAAACUUCAAGCUGAUAUAAAUAAAAACAAAGUUAGAGAUCAUGAUCAUUUCACUGGAAAAUAUCGUGGUCCAGCACACCGUGGCUGUAAUCUUCAACUCCAUAUUAAGCCAGAUGAAAUUAAGAUCCCAUUAAUAUAUCAUGGUGGGAAGCAUUAUGACUUCUAUCAUGAAAUACGGGAAUUAGACCUAAUUAAAAAAGUAGCAAGUAAUUUGUGUGGUCAAGAAAAGACCCCAGAGCAAUUGGCCAAAUGUUUUCCAAUUAUGGCACAGA